AUGGCAACGGAAUAUACGCAGGUGGAACUGCUCACCCUCAAUGGGCCAGAGUUUCGGCGGGUAUCAACUGCACCUCCCCGCCCGCCAACGGAGAACGAGAUCCCCGUCAUCGACCUCUCCUCGAUCGACGGUACUUUCGAAGACCGGAAAUCCAUCGCUGCUCAAAUUAAAGCGGCGGCGGAGAACACAGGCUUUUUCUAUAUCGAAAACCAUGGUAUCCCAGAGGAAGUGAUUCAAAGCGCUCUGUCGCAAGCACAGGCCUUCUUCAACCAGCCAAGCGAAAUGAAAGAAUUGGCUUCGAGUAAGAAAUCAAAGCUCUCAGAUGGCUGGCAUGGACUGGGAACUACUCAAAUCAACAAAUCCGAGACACUAGACCGGAAGGAAACAUUUUCAAUUCGCUAUAAUCCCAAAAAUGACCCGACAAUCUCAGAUCCAGAAAGUCUUCUUGCCGAUGGGAGAUUCUCCGAUGAAAACGUUGACUUCCCCUGGUCUGAAACAUCCCAUCUCCCGGGAUUCCGCGAGACAACCGUCGACUUUUAUCGUCGGCGUCUCACGCUCGCGCGGAAGAUGAUUCGCAUCUUUGCUCUCGCGCUAGAUAUGCCGGAAGAUUACUUUGACUCGGUGACUACCACACCCGGUGCAGACGGGCUCUUUGUGCAUUACCCCGCAACGCCGGCGGAGGAACUGCAAGAAAAUAAUGGGAAUAUCGAUGUCGGUAUUGGCUCUCAUACUGAUAUUCAGUGCAUUACUCUGUUAUGGCAAGAUAUGUCGGGCGGGUUGCAGGUCUUGUCUGCUAACGAUGAGUGGCUGGAUGCUCGACCGAUUAGUGGGACGCUGGUGGUGAAUAUUGGGGAUUUCUUGCAACGUCUUUCUAAUGAUAGGUUCAAGUCGACUGUACACCGGGUUUAUAAUCGCCAGUCUACAUCGCGGUAUUCGAUGCCCUUUUUCUUGGGGUUCAAUGCGGAUUCGUGGCAUCGAAGAAGGCUCGCGCUUGCCACCGUCAAGCCCCCUUAG